AUGAGAGCUGACUUGUCCGACAACGUUGGUGAUGAUGCGGCCGUGGCCAGACUCCAGGAGGAUAAGGGUGCUCUUGAAAAGAAAGUUGAGGCUCUUAAAGGUGAAGUCGUGAAGAUUUCUGACCUGAAAAUUGAGAACGACCAGCUGCGGAGCAAGGUCACGGAGGAGGAAAAGGUUCGUCGUGAUGCGGAGAGUUCAUCUGGCGAGACGACGCGUCUUCAUAAAUCCCGAAAGAAGUGGGCCGAAUUGACAGCCGCUCAGGUAAAUGAAUCGAUGCAUGACUGGUAUACUCCGAGGUUGGAUCGUAUAGACAAAUAUGUUGGCCAGCGAGAUGUGGUGGAGAAGGCGGUGGUUAAGAUCCAUGUUGAUGAUGCUCUUAUUUCCUAUGUGAGGAAAAUCAAGGGAGUCGAGCAAGAUUUCGAUGCAGUGGAAAAGAUGCUUGAGGCUCGCUUGAGAGAGAGCAAGGCUGUUGGGGAUUUGGUUGAGGACGACGAGAUUGGUGCUAAUGACUAUGCUCCGCCUUUGAGGUUAGAUCUCCGUUUUCUUCUUGUUGAUUUUUGCUUUGACAAUAUGUGGGUUACUCCGCGGAAUGUUGAUCAAUAUGGGUCGAUAUAUCGAACUUUCAGGCCCACCCUUGCUGAGCUGGCGCUUCCGGGGUCUCCGCCGCGACAUCGUUCAAAGUAG